CGAAUAAAUCGAAAUAGGGGUCGAGAAAAAGCAAAAGGAGGAGCGAAGCGAAGAGGCGACAGAGAGAAAUAAAGACAAAGCAGAGGAAAGAGAAGCGAAGAGAAGAUACAACCUCCUCACCGGAUCCCUCGCUCUUACCCGAAACCCGAUAAAGCAAACCUCGACUCGAGAGAGUAAAGAAGAAUAUAAUCAACAAAAAAAAAAGGGGAGAAAGGGAAGAAGAAGAAGAAGAAGAAGAAGAAAAAGAAAGGGUGGGUGAGAUUAUAUCAUUUCGUUGCCUUCCUCGCGUCUCCGCUCUUCCUCCUCACUUCGUUUCUGCUUGGGACAAAGAGAGAGCGAGAGAGAGGAAUGGAGGAAGAGAGGGUGAGGAUCGAGGAGUACGCGCACAGCCCGGCGCACUACGCUGUGGCGCUGGGCGACUCGGCUGCCGUGAGCCGCCUCAUCGCGUCGCUCCCCCGGCUCGCCCACCCGACCGAGGUGGCCACCGAGUCCGACUCGGCGCGCGAGGAGCGUCUCGCUGCGGAGAUCGCCGCCGUACUCGACCGCCGUGACGUUCCCCGCCGCGACACCCCGCUCCACCUCGCUGUCCGCCUCGACCGCGCUGCCGCCGUCGCCGCGUUUACGGCCGCCGGCGCAGACCCGUCCCUCCAGAACGCCGCCGGAUGGACCCCGCUCCAGGAGGCGCUCUGCCUCCGGCGCCGCCGCCUCGCGCUGCUGCUCCUCCGCCACCACCGCCGCUCCGCCUGGGCCAAGUUCCGCCGCCGCCUCCCGCCGCUCCUCGCGGCACUCCGCCGCGUCCCGGACUUCUACCUCGAGCUCGCCUUCCACUUCGAGAGCCCCCUCCUCCCCUUCCUCCCCCGCGCCGCCCCCUCCGACACCUACCGCAUCUGGAAGCGCGGCGCCGACCUCCGCGCCGACACCUCCCUCGCCGGCUUCGACGGCCUCCGCGUCCGCCGGUCCGACCAGUCGUUUCUCUUCCUCGGCUCCGGCGCCGGCGCUGCCGCUCCCCCGGGCUCCCUCCUCGUCCUUCACCGCGGCAGGAGGGAGGUGCGUGACGCGUUCGAGGGCGCCGACGCGGCGGCGCCGGCAGCUGACGAGGCCGACAUUGUUUCCGACGCCAGCGCCUAUCGCCCGGGCCUCGACAUCACCGCAGCACAGCUGGUCGGUCGGACCAACUGGCGGCGGCGAGAGAAGACCGAGAUGGUCGGGGAAUGGAAGGCCAGGGUCUACGAGGUCCACAACGUGGUCUUCAGCUUUAAGACGAUGAGGGCCGCUGCUGAAGAGGAGGAUGAGGACGAUGACGAUGGCGAGAAGCUCGUUGUCCCACUCGACCUCCAUGAGGACGACGACGAGGGGUUCCUCGUGGCGGACAUCCCGGAGAUGCCUCCGCGGCACAGCUGCUAUGAACCGAGGGGAAGGAUGAGGGAGGUGGAAGAACUGGGGGGUAUGGCGAGGAGGAGGAGUGUAGAUGUACGACCACGGGAGGAGCACAAGGACUGGGUGAGGUUGGGGAGGGUAAGAGCCGGUAGAAGGAAGGAGAAGGAGAUGGUGAAGAGCCUGCGACCUGUCGUGUGGCUCACGGAGGACUUCCCGUUGAAGCUCGAUGAGCUGAUGCCGCUGCUGGAUAUACUGGCCAACAAGGUCAAGGCGGUGCGGCGCUUCCGGGAGUUGCUCACCACCAAGUUCCCGCCAGGAACUUUUCCGGUUAAGGUUGCAAUCCCAAUUGUCCCAACUGUGAGGGUUGUUGUCACUUUUACCAAGUUUGUAUAUCUUCAGCAACCUGAACAGUUCUUCACACCACUCUCAAGCCCAAGGCUCUUACCUGUCCCAGAAGAAGAUGAAGAAACUCAUAAGGCUGAGACUCACAAGAGCUCUUGGCUAUGGUGGAACACCUCCGCGGCCAAAACUUCUGCUAGCCGAACAAAAUCAGUGAGUUCGUCUCAAGUGGUCGACCAUGUUGACCCGUUUGACAUCCCGAGCGACUACGCAUGGGUUAGCAUCCAUUCGAAGAAUCAAAGGACGAAGACCUCCAAGCCCAAAAGGGGAAAGCAGAAAGAGACAGCAUGACUGACCUAGCAGAUGAUAUCAAAGAGAGGUGGUGUGAGUUGCACAAGAAAAUGUAAUUAGCUCAAACUUUGUUAGAUCUUUCUCACCAAAGCUAACUAAAGGAUGCUUUCCAAUUGAUUUUAGCUUGGGCUAUGGUUAUGAAAUCGCUGGUUUGACAGCACACGUGCCUUGAGAUGUUUUAUCAUGUAAGGUUGGUUUGUGGUUGAGAUGUAAACUGACAACCUAAUUGUAGUGCCAGUUUUUGUCGUCGGAUA